AUGUCACCUUCCUAAUAUCUCUAAUAAGCACCUCCAUAUCGAGGUUAUUUAGUGAGCUGGUUUCCUAUAUGAUCACAAAGACGGGUCAUUUAAUUAAAAUUACGUAAUUAAAUUUUGAAUAAAAAAAAAGAGGACUUUUUUAAAUUUUCUUUUACUGUUUGUGAAUUGUGACUAGGGGCUGUAUCCAAGCAAUAAGCCCACCAAUUUCCUGAAAGCAAUGGUUGCAAUAUGCGCAUACUGACCUAUGACUGUUGAAGUCUUAGUUCAUUGACAAUGACAUAACAAAUUUGUUAUAUGGAGUACAAUAUAAUUUUUGAUUGGCUAAACUUUUAUAAUUUUAUUUUUUCUAUAAUGAAGCAGCUUUGAUAUAUAAAUGUCUGGUCAUAAUUCAAACGUAGAGAAGAGAGGACCAUUCACUCAAACAGCAUAAUAUAUAGUCCAUUAUUUUGGUGCAAGUUGAAGCUAAAUAUGAAGUGUACCGUCUGUCCCGCACAUUCAGCUUAAUGCUUUGCUAUGUCGUUUCUUACUUGUUGUUUAGUGUGUAUCUUCCUCGAAAUAUGAAUGUCAUAAUUAUAAGAAGAAUAAGCCCUUACUUAUAAAUCCUCCAUUUGUUCCCCUAACGGUUUUACUAACUUUUAUAAUUGAUCCUCCACUUUAUAUACUAAAUUCACAAAUCACCCAAAAACAGUUGUUGGUUGGUGCUACUGCUCAUCCCAUUUUUUUGCUGUUCCUUGCGUCCUUUCCUUCCUCUCUUUGCCCCUUUUUUGUCCAGCUAGUGUCCCUGGUUGCUUGACACAUUCUCAUCUGUCGUCGAAAAUCGAUAUGAGAGCUCGACGUGCAAGGCGCUCUGAUCAGGCAUUCUGGCCUUCCAUGGUCAUGAAGAAAUGGCUUAAUAUCAAGCCUAAGGAGUACGAAUUUAGCGAAGAUGAUUUCGAUACUGAAACUGAGAGUGAUGAUGAAGCAUUCUCAUGUAAGGAUUCUAAACCAAAGGAUGCUGGGUUUUGUUUCCAAAGAGAUGCUGCGAUCCAAUCUGCGUGCACAAAUCAAAUUUCAGACAAGGCUUGUGAAAGAGGUAAUCAGUUGCGCCACAGAAGAGGACUUUCAGAAACACUACGAGUGGAGUACAUAAAAACAAAGGAAGUAAGAGUGACAAUAGGAACUUGGAAUGUAGCAGGAAGACCUCCAUCUCAAGGUCUUGAUAUAGAUGAUUGGUUGUGCAUGGAGGAACCAGCAGACAUUUACAUUAUUGGUUUCCAGGAGGUGAUUCCUCUUAAUCCAGGAAACGUGCUAGGAGCAGAGGAUAACAGACCAAUAUCAAAGUGGGAAACAUUGAUCAGAAAAACCCUGAAUAAAACCUCUGAAAGUGAAGCAGAUUACAAAAGUUACAGUGCACCUCCUUCUCCAAUCUUAAGAACAGCAACAUCUACUCUUGAUGCGCUUGGAAUCGAUGCUGAUGUUCCUCCACUCGCAUUUUCUAAUGAUGACUCUAAGUCGAACCUUGGCCAUCUCAACUUGGGAAGACAUGAACUGAAAGAAAAGUAUACGGAGGAAACUAAAUGCAUGAUAAAGAGGAUAUAUGGCAUAGACAGUGAUAGAAGGAUAGACUGGCCCUGCAAUUCAUUGCUUGCAAUGCAUCCAGUUCUUUCUCCUGCUGUCAAGUUACGCCGAGUUCUAAGUAGCUCUGGAAUGACAGGAGUUCCAUGGUUGGAGAAUCCGUUAAAUUUUGAUCCUAACAUCAUUGGAAGAGUACCUAAUAAUACUGGUUUAUCAAGGUUACACCCUGGUUUUGCAAACCUGAUUGAGGAACAGUCAGAGAGAUCACCUGAAGACUCUCAUGAAUCCGCGUCAGAUGCUUCUGAACAUGAAUUUUCUGCAGGAGAUGAUGAUGAUGAUUCUUUCUAUGGUGUAUCAGAGGAUGUUUUCCCAUGUUCUGAUGGUGUUGACGCGUGUCCUAAAUAUGUUCGGAUUGUCAGUAAGCAGAUGGUUGGAAUAUAUGUAUCAGUUUGGGUUCGCAAGAAGUUGAGGAGACAUAUAAGUAACUUGAAAGUCUUUCCUGUUGGUGUUGGGUUCAUGGGUUAUAUGGGAAACAAGGGAUCAAUAUCUGUUAGCAUGUCUCUUCACCAGUCUCGCAUGUGCUUUGUUUGUUCUCAUCUUACUUCUGGUCACAAAGAUGGAGAUCAACAAAGACGCAAUGCUAAUGUGGAUGAAAUCAUCAAACGUACUCGCUUUACAUCCAUCAUUGAUGAUAAGCAACCACAUAACAUCCCUUCUCAUGACCAGAUAUUUUGGUUUGGUGAUCUGAAUUACCGUCUUGAUAUGACGGACUCCGAGAUAAGAAAGCUUGUUGCCAACAAACAAUGGAGUGAGCUUCUCAACAGUGAUCAGUUAAGCAAAGAGCUUCGAAGUGGGCAUGUGUUUGAUGGAUGGAAGGAAGGAUUAAUAACUUUCCCACCUACGUACAAGUAUGAAAAAAACUCCGAUAGAUAUGUCGGUGAAGAACCAAAAGAAGGGGAGAAGAGAAGAUCACCAGCAUGGUGUGAUCGAAUACUGUGGUCAGGGAAGGGCAUAAAACAACAUUUCUACAAAAGAACAGAAACAAAACUAUCAGAUCAUCGUGCAGUUAGCUCCUCAUUCUCAUUUGAAGUCGAAGUUUUAGACCCUAGAAAACUUCAAAGGACUCUUCAUUACAAUACUGCAGCAAUACAUCCAGAAAUUUUUCCAGAUGACAGUGAACUCUUGUAGUAUCCAGCUAUAAGCCUAUAGGGUGAAGUUGUUUAGAAAAGGCUAAUUAUAUCCAGGCAAUGUAAACGGUGAAGGGAGAUUGAUCAAACAUCAUAUUUCACCAGCAUAUGUAGUAGUUCAUGGCUCGUGUCCAAGGAACAAAGAAGAAAAGAGAGCCAUAUAUCAAAGUUGUUAAUUGUGAGCUAUGUUGUGUAAUGUUGACAAUUAUAUGUAAGUGUAUAAAUAUAUAAUUCUCACAUCAUAUGAAGUUGCUCUUCAAGCAAUAAAAAAUGUACAGCAAAAAGAAAAACAGAACAAAGUUUAUAGAAAUUUUUUGCCUAGAGAGAAACAUGAUUACAUGAAUAUUGUAAUUCAUCAGCAGUUUUGUAAAAUUUGUACUACUUGUGAGCUUGUAUAAUAGAUAUUGUUUUGUUCUU